AUGAUUAUCCUACCUCGAUGGGGUCUUACAAGACCGAUUAUCAAUGGGAUCAUCUCUCCCAAAUGCAAUGUCAGAUGUUAUGCGUCUUCCAGUAAAGCUACUCUAGGACAUCGUGAAGAAGAAGAAGAAGGAGAAGGAGAAGGAGAAGGAGAAGAGAAGGGUUGGGAAACAGUUGUAGGAUUAGAAAUUCAUGCUCAAUUGAAAACUGGCAGAAAAUUAUUCUCAACCGCUUCUACUUCUUAUGGUGAGACUCCAAAUACGAAUGUCAAUUUACACGAUUCUGCUUUUCCUGGAACAUUACCUGUCUUGGACCUACAUGCUGUUAGGCUAUCGCUCAUCACGGCUCUAGCACUGAAAUGUCAAGUAAAUCCAAGAUCUACUUUUGACAGGAAACAUUAUUUCUAUCAUGAUAUACCAGCUUCAUACCAAAUCACACAACAUUACAACCCAUUAGCAAGGAAUGGGAAAUUACCAAUCAUAAAAGGGGAUAACAACGUGAAGAGAUCCUUUGAUGUUGGGAUACAUCAGCUACAAAUCGAGCAGGAUACAGCUAAAAGUCAAACUGUUGGAGAGAACGUUCUGGUUGAUCUGAAUAGAGCAGGAACUGGUUUAAUGGAGAUUGUUACUGAACCAGAUAUGCGAUCAGCAGAAGAAGCGGGAGCUUUUGUGAGGAAACUUCAAGGCUUAUUGAGAAGGUUGGGUUCAGGUGAUGGUGAUAUGGAGAAGGGUAAUUUACGAGUUGAUGUCAAUGUUUCCGUACAUCGACAUGGUACACCGUUUGGUACUAGAUGUGAGAUCAAGAACAUCAAUUCAGUCAGAUUCCUACAAGCUGCUAUUGAAUCAGAGAAAAAACGACAUAUCUCACAUUAUCUUACAUCACCGUCGAUACCAUUGAAACAAGAAACAAGAGGAUUGAAUGAAUUGACAUUGCAAACUUUCUCCUUGAGAUCUAAAGAAGUAGCGACGGAUUAUCGUUAUAUGCCAGAUUCGAAUUUACCUGCUAUCUCAGUUGAUCCUGGAUAUAUAGAUAAAUUGCAAGACGAAUUACCUGAGAUGCCAUGGGAUUCAGUCGAUCGCUUGAUGAUUUUAUACGGAGUAUCAAAAAGAGAUGUCGAAACUCUGAUUGGAUUAGAUGAAUAUCAUUUCCUGGGUAUAAAAUAUUAUGAAGACGUCGUUAAAGGAGAUGAUAAGAAAAUAGCUAAGAAAGCUAUGAACUGGAUCGUCCAUGAACUCUUGGGUCAAAUUGGGAAAUCAGGUAUCACAUGGUCACCGACAUUGAUCCCAGCUGAAUUAAUGCGAGAAUUGGUCAUCGCAGUAGAAAUCAAUAAAAUAACUGGAACAACAGGAAAAUCAUUGAUAAAACACUUGAUUUCGAUGUCCAUUCCACCUACCACGGAAUCCACUCCCAGUUUUACGACACUAGAAGAAGCGCUCGAAGCUGCAGGUUUGAAGAUUGACGAUACGGUGAUUGAUUUAGAAGAAUUAAGUAGAAAAGCAAUUUCAAAUCAACCUAAAUCAGUUGCGGAUUAUAAAAAAGGAAAUGAAAAAGUUAUCAUGAGGUUAAUUGGUGAAGUCAUGAAAUUAAGUAAAGGGACUGCUGAUGCGAAGAAAGUUAAAGAUGUUCUAGUGAAAUUACUGAACGAAAUAUAG